AUGGGCGGUAAAGUUGGGCGGUUGAUCAAGCGCCAUCUAAGUCUGCUCCACUACCUGCUAACUGUGGCUGACUUGCACCUAUCGCUCGAUCGGGCUCAGUGCAUCUGGGAGACCCUGACAAACGACUCACAUGAUUCUGCCUACGGUCUUGAAGAGUGUCUAUCGUGGUUUACCGGUGCUAUCGAACUUCUGGAACAGGACGCGCAGACUGCCAUAUUUACAAAGCAUUUUCUCAAACUUGAUCCAGAUCAGCUACACUCCCUCACUGGAUUUAAGUGCUUCGAGACCUUCUUCGUCAAGGUGAAUCUGAAUGAAAAUCGUCUGAAAGUGCACGGCGACGCCUGGAAAGUCGAGCGGAUGGAACUGAUCGGCAUGGACAUUCUGUGGGACUUGUAUACCACGUUUCCACCAGCCCCACAAGUGACCCAUCCUGUGUCUUCCGCCAGGGAAUCUUGUCUCCCAGGCGGCGGAACUGCCAGCACCCCAGUAGGCCCUAGCGGAUAUGCGGCGAAACUGGGCCAAUCACCGGCGACCCCCGGCGGCGCACGUAAUGAAGGCGUUAAUGGGGUCAAUCUGCGCACCGCUGUUCUACUG